AUGAACCGUCUACUUGCCAGGAAGAAAUCAUCAUCCUCUCUUCGCAGGAAGCAAUCAAAUGCCAGCUCUGUCACGGCCAGCUCUGCUACGCCGAGCGAUCAAAAAGCCCGAGAGGUCAAAAGCGCUCCUUAUCAAGAUGGGCGUUAUCAAACUAUUCUUGCCAGUCAAGGCAGCUUCAUGAGCAAAUCAGAACUGGGCAGCACAAAUGCUAGCAAAAGCCUCUGUCGAACUCUACUUGAGAAUGAGCAGACGGUUCCUCAAGAGUCAUUGUUUCGUGAUGACCUAUUUGAAAAAGCCUGCGAAAAAAUACAAAAUAAAAACGAGGCUAGAGUCGUUCAAGAUAUUGCUCGACUAAUCGUACCUUCUGCGGAAACUCUUGCAACACUCGGAUCGAAACACCUCGAGAGUUUAGUCGAAAGUGUCAACAAAAGCUGGAAUAAUUCCAUACCUAUCACCCAGACUCGUCCGCAACCCGACUAUGCUGUUGGAUUUGGGCGAGAGGCAUUCACAGAAGAUCAAAUCAAAAGACUGGAACCUUUUGUUGGCGAGCUUACAGACACCUCUUACUUCAUGGCCACAUACUUCAUGUACUUCCCGUUCCUGACAUGCGAGGUCAAAUGCGGCGGUGCCGCUCUCGACGUUGCAGAUCGACAGAAUGCUCAUAGCAUGACGAUGGCAGUGAGGGGUAUAGUCGAACUUUUUAGACUAGUGAAGCGCGAAGAGGAGCUCCACCGGGAAAUUCUCGCCUUCUCACUCUCCCAUGACCAUCGCACGGUGAGAAUCUACGGCCACUAUCCUAUAAUAAGCGGAGACAAGACAACCUUCUACCGUCACCCAAUCCAUACGUUCGACUUUACAUAG